GUGAGAACACAGGAGAUGGUGAAUUAGAUCUGAGUGGGAUCGACGACAGUGAAAUAGAUCGGUAUAUACUUAACGAAACAGAAGCUCAGAUAAAAGCAGAGCUGUGGAUGAAAGAAAAUGCAGAUUAUUUGAAGGAACAAAAAGAAAAGGAAGCAAGAAUAGCAAAAGAGAAAGAACUUGGGAUUUAUAAGGAUCACAAGCCAAAGAAAUCUGCAAAGAAACGGGAGCCAAUUCAAGCCAGCACAGCAGGAGAGGCAAUUGAAAAGAUGUUAGAACAGAAGAAAAUCUCAAGUAAAAUUAAUUAUAAUGUGCUAAGGGACCUGAACAGCAAAGGAAGUAGCACACCAAAGAAAGAGGAUGACAGCACUGAUGACAGCACCAACACCAAGAAGCUGUCAAGAAGAAAAUCUAUUGCCAGUAGGAAUAUAGCCAACCCUGUAAACAGUGUGGGAAAAAG